AUGCGCUGGAGGGUUUGCCUGCUCGCCUCACUUGUCGUUGUUGUCGCCGCAUUUGCUGACGAUACCUGUUCGAAGUCCGAUUGCCCGAAAAUGAGCACUACUGAAAGAACCUUCAUCGCUGUCAAGCCAGACGGAGUUCACCGGUAUGUUUGUGAUAUAUAUUGGCUAGUUUUCUAGUCCUAUUUUUCAAGAAGAUCCUAAAAUUUCGAAAUUUUUCACCUCUUUCCUAAAAAAUCGAUUUUUCAGUGGACUCGUCGGAAAGAUCAUCGCUCGUUUCGAAGAGCGCGGAUUCAAACUUGUUGCCCUCAAGCAACUCACCGCCUCGAAAUCCCACCUCGAGGUUAGUUUCUCCUCAAAAUUUUAGGCCAUCCAACCUUGCAUAAUUUCAAUUUCUCUUAUCCAUAUUAUUUUUCCAGACUCACUACCAAGACUUGAAAGACAAGCCAUUCUUCCCAUCACUCAUCGACUACAUGAGCUCUGGACCAGUCGUCGCCAUGGUCUGGCAAGGACUUGACGCCGUCAAACAAGGACGUGCCAUGCUCGGAGCCACCAACCCAUUGGCCUCACUCCCAGGAACCAUCCGCGGAGACUACGCCAUUCAAACUGGACGCAACAUCUGCCACGGAUCCGACUCUGUCGACUCGGCCAACCGCGAAAUCGCCCACUGGUUCAAGCAAGACGAGAUCAACGACUACGCCAGCCCAUUCAUCAACUCAUGGGUCUACGAAUAA